AAGCUUUAUACAUCCAGGAAACUUCUUCUUGGGUGUUGUUUACAGUAGAUUCUCGCAUUCAUACACGUGAACGUGAACCCAACUUCUAGAAAAACUUUUCCUUUUCGUUCCCUACUCUCGAUCUACACAACCUCUAUUACGUAUUAUCUUAUAUGUAAGAGACCCCCGUCCUUUGUCAGAGCAUACCCCAAACAGAAAAUCAGUAUUGUCUUCUCUCUCCCUUAGCAAUAGUUACAACUUACAACGAAAUUCUUUGCCCUCAACAUUUGCAAAGCAUGAAGAAUCAAAGCAAGCCGAUCUUUAUAGCAAGCUUUUUAGUCUGCGCAAUUCUUUUCUCAUAUUCUCCAUCAACCAGAUCUCAAGAAGUUGAGAAUGAGAGAGAAUUUGAUUAUUUAGAAGGAAGCGAUAAGGGGCCACGUCAUUGGGGAGACAUCAGGAAAGAUUGGGCAGCUUGUAAGAAUGGAGGCAUGCAAUCUCCCAUUGAUUUGUUGAAUCAGAGAGUGAAAUUGAUCCCCAAGUCAGGGCAACUAAAAAGGAACUACAAAUCUUGUAAUGCCACUGUCAAGAACAGAGGACAUGACAUUUCGCUACAAUGGGUAGGUGAUGCGGGAUCAAUACAGAUCAACGGCACUGAUUACUUUCUACAACAAGGCCACUGGCACUCACCUUCUGAGCAUUCCAUAAAUGGAAGGAGAUUUGACUUGGAGCUGCAUAUGGUUCACGUAACCAAGGACCUCAGCGUGAAAAAUAAGAUUGCUGUUGUCGGACUCUUCUAUAAGAUUGGUCAACCCGAUGCAUUCAUUUCAAAGUUGAUGAGAAAUAUAAUGUCCAUGAGUGACAAAAAGGGAGAACGAAGAAUGGGGGUGAUUGAUCCUACAGGAAUCAAAAUGGGUGGCAAGAAGUACUACAGAUACAUGGGCUCACUGACUGUUCCGCCAUGCACUGAAGGUGUCAGUUGGACAAUCUAUAAAAAGAUAAGGACCGUCUCAAGGGAACAAGUGAAAAUACUUAGAGAGGUGGUCCAUGAUUACGCUGAGAGGAAUUCAAGACCGAUUCAACCCCUCAAUCGUCGGGAGAUCCACCUCUAUGGUCCAAAUACAAGAAACACAAAUGACUAAAAUUAAAAGAUCCCAAAACUUCUGACGAGGUGUUCUAUCACUGCCUCCAGCUAUUUAUGUUUUGCAUAAUGUUUUAUAUUUAAUGUUCCGGACAACAUUUCUGUUGCUGAAUUAUGUCGUGGAAGCUAGUCGAUUAUGGUAAAAUGCACAUAUUCUUGGCGAUCAGAUAGAAAUACCAACAUUAGACGCAUUUCUUACUCGAUCGGCAUAUAAUAAUAAAAGGAAAAUA